AUGACGAAUCGAAAGCUUUUGAUAGGUGUCGACGUUGGUGGUACGAAUAGCGAUUUAGUCGUUCUUGACCCCACUAGACUGGGGCACCCCGAUAGAGGGGUAUUGGCGUGGCACAAAUCAGUGACCACUCCUGACGUAUCUGUUGGGAUCCAAGCUGCUAUUAAGACUAUCCUAGAAAAUCCAAACAACCAUAUUGAAAAGUCAGAAAUCGUUUCUGUCACAAUCGGUACUACUCAUUUCAUAAAUGCCGUCAUUGAACGUGAUUCGAGCAGAUUGGAAAAGGUUGCAGUCAUCAGAUUGUCCGGUCCCUAUGGUAGACAUAUGCCCCCAUUUGGCGAUUUUCCUGAGGAUUUGGCCGAGAUCAUCAAUGGAUAUUACUGUACUCUUGACGGUGGUUGUAGAGUGGAUGGUAAGGAUAUCAAGCCUUUGGAUGAAGACGGUUUGAGAAAAGAAUGUGCUAAUAUCAAAACAUUGGGUAUAACUGCAGUGGCGGUUGUUGCCACAUUUGCCAAUAUUAACAAUGAUCAUGAAUUGAGAGCUACAAAGAUUAUAAAGGAAGCGUUACCGAAUGUCGAUGUAGUUAUGUCUCAUACAAUUUCUGGCUUGGGUUUCAUAGAAAGGGAGAACGCUUCUAUAUUGAACGCUUCCAUUAAAAAAUUUGGUCGUAAAAUUAUCAAAUCUUUCAUCCAUGCAACUAAGGAAAUUGGCUUAAAUUGUACUGUACUAUUAUCCCAAAACGAUGGUACCGUUCUCUCUACUAAGGAUGCCCUGGAGACUCCAAUCAGAACGUUCUCUUCAGGUGCAACUAACUCAAUGAGGGGCGCUGCCAUUCUAUGUUCUGAUGACCCUGAUGUUAAAAACAAAUCUGUCAUAGUCUGUGAUAUCGGCGGCACCACCUCGGAUGUGGGUCAGUUACUACCGUCUGGGUUCCCAAGGCAAUCUUCUACAUUUUCAUACGUUGGUGGUGUUAAAAUGAACUUUUCAAUGCCUCACGUUGAAUCCGUAGGACUAGGCGGUGGUUCGAUUGUCAGAGAUCAAGAUGGUAAACUAACUGCGGGACCUGAUUCUACUGGUGCAGAUAUUAUCAAAGAAGCCAUUCUUUUCGGUGGUGACAUUGUUACAACUUCUGAUGUGAAUAUCGGCAAGAGAGUUGACGAGUUUGGGGUAGAAUCAUUAGAUCCAGCUCUGAAAAUGGGAACAGUAACGAAUGUGAAGGGAAGAUUUACAGAUGAGUUCAAAAUAAGAUAUGAUAAGGUAAUUGCAACGAAAUUCGAAAGAAUUAUUGAUCGUAUGAAGACCUCUCCAGAUCCAAUACCUGUUAUUUUCGUUGGUGGUGGAUCUUUUAUUGCUCCAGAUACACUGGAAGGUACAUCAAAGGUAAUUAAGCCACCAUUUUACCAAGUUGCUAAUGCCAUCGGAGCUGCAUUGGGUAAAGUGUCUUGCACCAUCACUGAAAUGAAAUCGUUAGCGGAUUUCGAAAAUGAAAAAACCGCAUAUAUUGAAAAGUUGAUCCACAGAGCUACUGAGGAUGCAAUUAACAAAGGUGCGAUGGCUUCUUCGAUCAACGUAGUUUCCAUUAUUUCAGAUGCUGUCCCAUACGUUGACAAAGUCUACAAAUUUGAAGUUAAGGUGGUUGGUGACGUUGAUUAUGAAUCCGCACUGUCUGCUACUCAGAAAUCUGUUGAGCAAGUUGUCGACGAUGUUUCCAGCAGUGAAGGAGAAGAAGUAGAAUUGGUUCCAAAAGAAGAUGAAUAUGUUCUAGAGGAAAUCUUUAAAAGUGCAAAAGUUUCUAGAGUCGAAAAAGAAAUCACUAAUUAUGCCCAUUAUAAACCGACGAUAAUAAACGGCGAAUGGUUGUUAAGUGAAAUAGAUAUCGAUUUUAUAAGUACUGGUGCGUACAUUCUAGGUUGUGGAGGUGGUGGUGAUCCUGGUCCAGAAAGUAUUGAAUUAAAAAGAAUUAUCAAACAAGGUGGUAAACUAAGGAUUGUAACAUUGGAUGAAUUUGAGAGAAAGACAGAGGGAAAAGGUACCGCUAUAAAUGUCGGUUAUUGUGGUUCUCCAGUAAUAUCGAGUGAAAGAUUACAUGGAUCGGAAAUGAUCGAAGCUGUUUCCCUCAUCGAAAGAUGGGAGGGCAAAAAAACAGAUGGUAUUUUCAUGUUUGAGAUAGGUGGUGGUAAUGGGUUGUCUGGUAUUUGGACCGCCUUUAAAAUGGGUCUACCAUGUGUUGAUUUGGAUUUAAUGGGCAGAGCCUAUCCAACACAAUGGCAAAGUUUACCCUCCGUCGUUCACGAUUUGCACGGCUAUCCAUAUGUCUCACUAUCCGAUGGUAAUGGAAUGUCAAUGCUUAUCACUUCUUCUGAAGAUGACGUACAAAUGGAGGAUGUAAUACGUGACGCAAUGUACAACCACGGUGUUCAAUGUGCUGUCGUUGAGCCGUCUAUGACCUGUGAUGAAAUGAGAAAUGAAACUAUUUUUAAUCCCAUAUCUAACUCAUGGAGAAUUGGCCGUGCCGUCCAUCUUACAAGGGCUGCCAGUGAUAUAGAUAGCUUACCUACUAGAAUUAUCGAAGCAGUUGGUGGUUCCUCAGCUGCAAAAUGCUUAUUGAAGGGCAAGAUAAUUGGAGUAGAAAAGAUGAUCAAAAGAGGCUAUGGUUAUGGUGUAGUUGUAUUGCAAAGCACUGAGGGUGAUGAAACCAAAAUUAGAAUUCCUUUUAAAAAUGAAAAUAUCGUUUGCUACAAGGUAAAUGAAGACGGAUCAGAAGUACCGUUAUGUUGUGUACCAGAUUUGAUCACCUUGGUGGACAACAACGGUAACGCUAUUGGUACUCAAGAUUAUCAAUACGGUUUACUUGUAUACCUUAUGGUUUUCGCACCAUCUGACAAAUGGACUACCGCAAAAGGUAUAGAGAUUGGCGGCCCAAGAGCAUUUGGUGAACUAUUUUACGAUCUUGAGUACAAGUCGAUUGGCAAGUACAUCGAACCAGUUCCGAUUGCUGAGGAGUAUAGUUAA